GAAGAGUUGGUCUUCCAUCGAAUUGAAAAGCUUGCCUUUGCAAGAAAGACCAGACCGUCUUCUGUAAAGCGAUUUGCAGAAACACAGCGACUCAGCGAGAGAUAGAUAGAUAGAGGGAGAAUGCAUAUUAGCGAGAACGAGGGCAUAGAGGACAAAACCUUCGUGGUGACGGGUGGGCUGGGCUUCGUCGGCGCCGCCCUCUGCUUGGAGCUGGUUAGAAGAGGUGCUCGUCUUGUCAAGGCCUUUGAUCUUCGAACCCAAUCCCCCUGGUCAGAUCGGCUUCGCCAAAAAGGGGUUCAUUGCAUCCAAGGAGAUGUUACAAGCAAACAAAGUGUUGAGAGGGCAUUAUGUGGGGCUGAUUGUGUUUUCCAUCUUGCUUCAUAUGGUAUGUCUGGAAAAGAAAUGCUCCAGUAUGGUCGUGUAGAUGAGGUUAAUAUCAAUGGAACUUGUCAAAUUCUCGAUGCUUGUGUUCAACAUCAUAUCAACAGGCUUGUCUAUGUGAGUACAUAUAAUGUCACUUUUGGUGGAAAGGAGAUUGUUAAUGGCAACGAAAGACUACCUUAUUUUCCCUUGGAUGAUCAUGUUGAUCCAUAUGGCCGCAGUAAAGCAAUUGCUGAACAAUUAGUUCUGAAGAACAAUGGCCGUUGCUUCGAUAAAGAGACUAGGAAAUCCAUGUAUACCUGUGCCAUUCGUCCCGCUGCUAUCUAUGGACCUGGUGAAGAAAGGCACUUCCCAAGGAUCAUCAAGUUUGCAAAAUUAGGCCUGAUCCCUUUUAAGAUAGGUUCAACAAAUGUGAAAACCGAUUGGGUUUAUGUGGAUAAUCUUGUAUUGGCCCUUCUAUUGGCUAGUAUUGGACUUUUGGAUGACAUCCCUGGCCAAGAAGGGCCACCAGUUGCUGCCGGUCAAGCUUACUUCAUAUCCGAUGGGUCUCCCAUCAACAGUUUUGAGUUUCUUUGCCCUUUACUCAAAAGCCUGGAUUAUGAACUACCAACUAUAUCACUAGCUGUCCCUCAAGCUCUUCUACUGGGAAACUUCUUUUGGGCUUUAUACUCUAUCAUGAAUCCUUGGCUAAGUUGCAGGUGGCUUCCUCAACCCUUCAUACUUCCUGCUGAGGUUUACAAGGUUGGUGUGACUCAUUACUUCUCGUAUUUAAAAGCUAAAGAGGAGCUUGGCUACGUCCCAAUGGUGAGCCCUAAAGAGGGAAUGGCUUCAACUAUCUCAUAUUGGCAAGAGCAGAAACGAAGAGGCCUAGAUGGGCCUAAGAUACUUACAUGGGUGCUUGUUGUGGUUGGAAUGCUUGCUCUGUUUGGUGCUGCUUUCCUGCCAGACUUUGGACCCAUUCCCCUUGUUAGAGCGCUUGGGCUUCUCUUCUUUCGCUCGAUGUGGGGAUUGAGGUUGUUGUUUGUUGCAUCGGUUGCAGCACACCUUGGCGAGGCUAUAUAUGCAUGGCUUCUUGCAAAGAAAGUGGAUGCUGCAAAUGCCCGCGGCUGGUUCUGGCAGACCCUUGUUUUGGGGAUAUUUUCUUUACGUUUCUUGUUGAAGAGAGCCAAAGAGUGAGUGUUCCUUUAGGCUUUGGGCUUUAGCUUCAUUCAAUGAAGCAUGUGAAAUGUUCUUUAGCUGUAACACUUAAAAAGUCAGGGAUUUUAUCAGUCUCUUCUGCGUGAGAGUUACAAAAUUAUUCAUUGUAACACUUACAAGGGAAAUUCUAACAUUUGUCAGAAUUACAAAAUUAAGGAUUUUUUUUUCUUUUUUAAUAA